AUGGAGGCGAACACCGCGAAACGCCGGAAGCUGGGACAUUCGAAUGGAGGACUGACCCUUGGGAGUGCCUCGUCCUCCUCCAUGGGUGCUUCGGGGUCGAGCGCCUACAUCUUAGAAACCGACGAGCUUCUGGAGGAAGCCAAGAUCUCCGAUUACAACAAGGCUUUCCCUGGACUUUCUGAGACUCUGCGCCAAUUCAAAGAUGUCAUCGAGAGCCUGGACGAUCAUGAGCCCCUUCCUAUCAGCGACGUGUCGGCGAGCUUCGAGAAAACGAACCGAGUCGCAAUACCGUACCCGGACCCAAAACCCCGGAAAGACUCCCCAUACAAGCUCGCCUUUGCAAAGCCGACACAAGUCAACGUUGUUGGAUCCUACGCUUUUCAGACCAUGAUCAGAACCCAAGCGGCGCCAUCUGUCGACAUGAUCGUGGUCAUGCCCGCCAGCCUAUUUCAGGAAAAGGAUUACCGCGACUACAGAUACUUCUACAAGAGGGCGUAUUACUUGGCAUAUAUCAGCGCGGGUCUGCGUAGGAAAUUUGGUACCAUGGACUUUUCUUACUCGAACCUGGGCGGAAACGUCCUGUUGCCCAUCCUUUCCGUUUGUCCCAAGAACAAGUCGAGCAAGCAAGAUAGUGCCGACUGCGCGGUUCGCAUAAUCCCCAACGCUCCCGAGGGUUGUUUUCCCACCGCGAAGCUCUCGGCGACUAGCAAUGCUGUUCGGCAUACCAACCCUCAAGAUACGGGUGACUCAAAGGACACCAAGAUGCCUACACCUUUUUACAAUGCCACCCUGAAGGCGGAGUCUUUGUUCACAUCUUUCCUUCGCCUACUUCAUAACAGCCAAAAGACAUGCCCUGCUUUCCAAGAUGCCUGUAUUCUCGGUCGGAUCUGGCUACAACAACGAGGGUUUGGGGCUGAUUCAGCUACUGGUGGGUUUGGUCAUUUCCACUGGGCAGUAUUGAUGGCUCUCCUCCUUCAAACGGGUGGACGAAAAGGGGAACCAACCCUCUCCCCGUCACUCCAUGCGACUCAACUGUUCAAGGCGACGUUACAGUUCCUAGCCUCGGCAAACCUACACAAGAAGGCCGUGGUACUUGGCCAGCCUACUCCAGAGCCAGAAGCGAUACGUCAGCCUCUCCCAGUUCUGUAUGAUAGCUCAAGGGGUAUCAAUAUUUUGUCCAACAUGACCCUAUGGUCUGCCUCCCUCCUUACUGAACAAGCCAAAUGGUCACUUUCAGCGAUCAAUGGCAACCCGCGCGACCAAUUCGAUCCGUUAUUCAUCGUCAAGGUCAACCAGCCUCUGCAGAUGUUUGACCUGCUAUUGCGAGUUAAAAUCCCCGUUUCCAGGAAAGACACGCGCUUGGACGACUGCAGAGGGUUUCUGUGGUCCUUCUGUGACACCUUAUACCGAACCCUGAAGAAGGCGCUUGGAGAGCGUGCGCAACUAAUCCACAUAGAGGUUCCAAAGACAACAUCGUGGCCUGUGACGGCGACUUCCUCAAGGGCGAAAACGGAGAGUCUCCAGGUGGGGAUCAUCGUUGAUCCUGCAAAAGCAUCUCAGGCCCGGGACUUUGGGCCACCGUACGAACAGAAGAAAGAGGCAGCCAAAUACCAGGAAUUUUGGGGUGAAAAGGCAGAGCUCUGGCAGUUCCCCGACGGAAACAUAGUCGAAUCGCUUGAUUGGACACAGUUCGCACCCUUCGGGUUUUCUGGCAUCUGCGAAGCGCUAGUGCGGUAUAUCCUCAAGCUGCGACUAGAGCUGAGCGACAGCGAUAUUGAGUUUUAUGGGCAAGAUCCUUCUCGGAUCAUAUCACUGUCGCCUACAGACAAGACGGCUUUCGACAAGGCAAGAAAGGCCUUCGCCAUGUUCGAGAAAGAUGUCCGAGAUCUGAACGACCUACCUUUACAAGUUAAGCAGAUUGCGCCCAUCGCUCCCGAGUUGCGAUACGCCUCCGUGCGCAUCCCGGAUGUCGAUAUGAGAAGGCGUGUUUCGCGACCGAUUGAUGCGAUCGUAUCUUUCGAAAUGUCGGGGAAGUGGCCGGAAAAUAUUGCUGCAAUCCAACGCAUGAAGGUGGCCAUGUUGCUCAAGAUUGGCAGCUCAUUUGAAGAAUCCAACGACGCCGUCAAGACACAUCUCGGGCUGGAGAACGUCGACCGCAAUACACAGAACCUGGCCUUCUUGGAUAUUGUGUAUGACACCGGCUUCUGCUUCCGCCUGCGAGUUCACAGUGACCUCGAAGAGACGCUUCUCGACAGGCAGGCGAAAGACAAGACACUUGAGCGCCACGACCGUACCGAUGCUGCCGACCUAGUUACCUCCUUGAAACAAACAUAUACCAACCUGCCACUGCAAAACCAGACGAUUUCGACUUUUUGCACUCGCUUUCCUGAAUUAUCGUCCUCGAUACGGCUUACGAAGCGCUGGUUCAGCAGCCAUAGACUCUCGAAUCAUUUCGAUGAAGCCCUCAUCGAGUGGUUCGUGCUGCAGGCUUUCCUUCAUCCAUACCCGUGGACGACGCCCUCCUCUGCUGUGAUGGGAUUCUUGCGUACCCUACUGCUAUUGGCCCGGUGGGAUUGGCGGGAUGAGCCAUUGAUCAUUGAUCCUCAAGAAGCACUGUCUAGCUCCCAACGCAUCGGCAUCACGACCCGGCUUGACGCAUGGAGGAAGAUCGACCCGAACAUGAACCGGACUACUCUGUUUGUUGCAACGUCACACGAUGUGACCGGAAUUGCAUAUACGCAAGGUAUUUCCAAGGUCGUGGCAACUCGCAUGACAUCCCUUGCCAGGGCUGCUUGCAAGGCAGUGAAGGAGAAAGACCUCGAGCUUGAUAUCAAGUCGCUGUUCCUGUCGCCGUUGCGUGACUAUGAUGUGGUCAUACAUCUGGCACCAAAAGUCAUAAAAUCUGUUCAGCAGGAUGACGGGACAAAGCAGUCGCUCUUCAAAAAUCUCAGCGGACAGGGUAGGAAAGAGGCGCCCCCGCUACUCGAGGAGCCGGUGGAGCUUUUGUUGAAACGCCUCAAUGCAAUCUAUCCGAGUCCGCUGCUGUUCUUCAACGGUGGUGCAGAAGACAACAUCAUUGCCGCACUGUGGAAUCCGCAGCUCCACAGUCGAACGUUUACAGUUAACAUGCCCUGCUCGUUCAAGCCUGUCGAUCAGGACGGAGACAUGUUCGAGCUCAACAGGGAUGCCGUCCUUGCCGAGAUCGCGAGGGUCGGCGGAGACCUCGUCGAGAAGAUCGAUGUAAAGGGUGGUGAUUGA